GUCGGGCCGCCAGGGGGCGCCAUGUCCGUGGCCGCCGCUGGCCCCGCCCCUUCCCCCGCGGUUUCUCCGCGCACGGAGGCGGCGGCGGCGCUGGGCGCCGAGCGGGAGACAAAUUAUUUCAUCUCAUAAGAUCAGUAUUUACCUGCUGAGCAGCCUGUUUUUCCCGCUUUCACCUGUGGUGGACGGCACUGGCUUUAGAAGAUCGUAGGCCCAUGGGUGCAGUGGUGGCACAGGAACCCACAUCAGAGUCCAUGUUUGCAGCCUUGCUGUCUUCAGAACUGGGCCGACACGCAGCUCAAGCGGUUUUGGUGUUGUCUCCAUCAACUUUGCUGUUGUCAGGAGCUGCCAAAUGAAGUGGAAGAUGGGAAUCUUCUCAAGCUGAUGUAUUUGCUGGGUUUGGGAGCUGUACAGCCAUCAGCUUUUUAGCUGUUCUGCUUGUUGAUCGUGAAGAGUCUAGGAUUUUUUGACUGUUCAAAAUGAACGAGCAUCCUAAAAAGAGGAAAAGGAAGACUCUACACCCUUCUCGAUAUUCAGAUUCUUCAGGUGCAAGCAAAUACAUAGACAACAGUGGAAUUUUUUCUGACCACUGCUAUAGUGUCUGUUCUAUGAAACAGCCAGAUAUAAAGUUUUCCGAAAACAGAGGUAGAUUCCACAGUCCCGUGCAGAGCCUGGACACAGAUGAUGACGGGAGUCCCGUGCAUGCUGGGACUUCUCAGUGGAGCGGCUCCCAUUCAAACGUUGUGGGGUUGCACUACACAGACCUCAAAAAGAAGGAUAAAGAUAAAGGUACUAAUCCUGGAAUGUGCAGAGACUUAUGUGACUCACCUAUAUUCAGUGACAGCCCUACAGAGGAAGAGAAACCUCUAGAUAUUCAAACUGUAGAAAUUUCUACAACAGAAGUGAAUGCUGUAGAAGUUCACGAUAUAGAAACACAAACUGUGUCACCUGAGAAGCUGGAAGCUGAGGACCUAGAGGAAAUCCCUCUGGAAGCCUGCAAAAUCUUUGAGAAGAACCAGGCUUUGAAUAUCACAGCUCAACAGAAGUGGCCUUUGCUGAGAGCCAACAGCAGUGGCUUGUACAAGUGUGAGCUCUGUGAGUUUAAUAGCAAGUACUUCUCCGAUUUAAAGCAGCACAUGAUCCUGAAGCAUAAGACGUGUGCGGACACUCAUGUCUGUAAAGUUUGUAAAGAAAGCUUCUCCAGCAAAGUGCAGCUCAUUGAGCACGUAAAACUCCACGAGGAGGAUCCAUACAUCUGUAAAUAUUGUGAUUACAAAACAGUGAUAUUUGAGAACCUGAGUCAGCACAUAGCAGACACUCACUUCAACGACCACCUUUACUGGUGUGAGCAGUGCGAUAUGCAGUUCUCCUCCAGCAGCGAGCUGUACCUGCACUUCCAGGAACACAGCUGUGACGAGCAGUAUCUGUGUCAGUUCUGCGAGCAUGAAACAAAUGAUCCGGAAGAUCUGCAUAGCCACGUGGUGAACGAACAUGCGUGUCGGCUGAUAGAGUUAAGUGACAGCUAUAAUAACAAGGAGCGUGGACAGUACAGUCUCAUAAACAAAAUCAGUUUUGACAAAUGCAAAAACUUCUUUGUAUGCCAAGUGUGCGGCUUUAGGAGCAGGCUGCAUACAAAUGUCAACAGGCACGUAGCUAUUGAACACACCAAAAUAUUCCCUCAUGUUUGUGAUGACUGUGGGAAGGGAUUUUCAGGUAUGUUAGAGUAUUGCAAGCAUUUAAGCUCUCAUUUAUCUGAAGGGAUUUAUUUGUGUCAAUACUGUGAAUAUUCAACAGGACAGAUUGAAGACCUUAAAACUCAUUUGGAUUUCAGGCAUUCAGCAGAUUUGCCUCAUAAAUGUACCGAUUGUUUAAUGAGAUUUGGAAAUGAAAAGGAUCUUAUAAGUCAUCUUCAGAUACAUGAGACAGCGUGAUUACUUCCUUUACUUGUAAUCAAUUUGUUAGAGUUGGAGUCAAUUUCCAGUCACUGAAAUGUGAUAUUAAAUACAACUUUAACAGCAA